AAGAUACUUACCAAAAAAAAAAAAAAAAGGAAGAGAAGAUAGGUGUUAUGAAUAUGAUGUCGGAGAUGGUAGUCUGGAAACUGAAAACGACAUCACUUGAUUGAGCUAGUUCCAAAGAGCAAAUGGAAAUUGUACGGUCACACUGGCUUCCGUUGAAUGGUCAUUGCUUGAGUCACAAACUUGUGUCAGUUCCGAACAAGGUAACUCUCAGAAAUCUUGAAAAGACAACUUUAAUUUCUUGCAGCUUACAAAAUAAUGCUACUUCAAUUCGGUUGGCUGAAAACCCAUCUGAGAAAUCAAUUUAUUCACGUGGGUUUUUGACCAGGAAAUCUGUUAUGGAUGUUUCAAAGGUUAAUAGGAUGAUUAAGGAGUGUACAGAAGAUGGGUUUUUCGAGGAUGCAAUUAGAGUGUAUCUUGAUUUCAUUGAAUGUGGUUUUCCAGUUGAGGAAUUCAGGUUCUUUCCUUGUUUGAUUAAAGCGUUUGGUGGGCUUUAUGAUGUUAAUAAAGGGAAACAAAUUCAUGGGCAUUUGUUGAAGUUUGGGUUUUUACAAGACAUUUUUGUUAAGAAUUCUCUUUUGGGUAUGUAUUGGAAAUGUGGGGCUGGUGGGAAUGCGGUUGACAUGUUUGAGAGGAUGGAGGAGAGAGAUUCAGUUUCGUGGAAUACAAUGAUAUCUGGGUUUUGUCAAUCAGGAGAGUAUGUGAAAUCGUUGGUGAUGUUUAGAAGGAUGGUUAAGGAAUGUGGUGGUUCAUAUCAUAACCGGGUGGCAUGUCUUGCUGCUCUUUCAUCGUGCGCUUCAAUUAAGUGUUUGACUCAUGGGCUAGAGAUUCAUGGGUUCCUUGUGAAAAAAGGGGUGGAUUCUGAUGAGUUCUUGGUGAGUGCGUUGAUUGAAAUGUACAUGAAAUGUGGAGAUAUAAAGAAUGCUGAAAAUGUUUUUGAGAGAAUUCGGGAUAAUGAGUUGGUGGGAAGGAAUAUGGCGGUAUGGAAUGUGAUGAUCUUGGGGUAUGUUUCAAAUGAAUGUCUUUCAUUGGCUUUGGAAUUGUUUGUUGAGAUGUUAGAAUUAGGGAUUAGCCCAGAUUCCUCAACUGUCGUGGUUGUUUUAGUUUUGUGCUCCAAAUUGCUGGAUUUAGCUGUUGGAAAGCAAGUCCAUGGACUCAUUCUGGGUCUUGGCCUGGAUGAUGAUGUAAGAGUUGGAACAGCUCUUAUGGAGAUGUAUUUUAAAUGUGGUGAUCCUGAAACCAGUUUGCAAAUAUUCAAAAAGUCUCAAAAUCGUAACUUAGUCAUGUGGGGUUCAGUGAUGUUGAAUUGUGCUCAGAAUGGUUACCCAAAUGAAGCAUUGGAAUUUUUCAGUGAGUUUAUGUUGGAUUGUGGUUUUCCAGAUCCUGUCAUUCUUUUGGCUGCACUCCGGGCAUGUUCAUUCUUAUCUCUUAAGCCUAGAGGGAUGGCAAUUCAUGGAUUUGCUAUAAAGAUGGGGUUUGAUUCUGAUGUUUUUGUUGGCGGUGCCCUAGUUGAUCUCUAUGGAAAAUGUGGAGACAUGGAGUAUGCUCAACAAGUUUUUUAUGGAUUAUCAACCAGAGAUCUGGUAUCAUGGAAUGCGCUAAUAUCUGGAUUUGCUCAAAAUAAGUGUGCAGAUGAAGCUUUGAAGGCAUUUCGUGAUAUGCAAUCUAAACAAAUCAAGCCCAAUACUGUAACCAUGGCAUGUAUUCUUUCUGUUUGCACUCACUUGUCAGUCAUGAUCCUUUGUAAGGAGGUUCACUGCUACCUACUACGGCAUUGGUUUGAGACCAAUGCUCUUGUAAACAACUCUCUAAUAAGUGCCUAUGCCAAAUGCGGGGACAUACAUGGCUCACGGACUGUAUUUGAAAAAUUGCCUGUACGAAAUGAAGUUACGUGGAAUUCAAUCCUACUGGGUUUUGGAAUGCAUGGCCAUACUGAUGAAAUGUUUGCAACAUUUGAAAAGAUGAAAGAAGCAAACAUAAAGCCUGACCAUGGAACUUUUACUUCCCUCCUUUCCAGCUGCAGCCAUUCUGGGAAGGUUGACGCGGGAUGGAAAUAUUUCAAUAGCAUGAUGGAAGACUAUAACCUUGAACCACGAGUUGAACAAUAUACUUGCAUGGUUGAUCUUCUGGGCCGAGCUGGCAAUCUAAAUCAGGCAUAUGAUCUGAUAAUGUCAAUGCCUUGUUCCCCAGAUGAUACAAUAUGGGGUUCCCUUCUGGCAUCCUGCAAAAAUCAUGGUAACACAAAGUUGGCAGAAGUUGUGGCAAAUCACAUAUUUGAACUUGAUGCUUCAAGUGUUGGUUACCGUGUACUCCUUGCAAAUCUGUAUGAAGAUUAUGGAAAUUUGAAUGAAGUUUUUCGAGUUCGAACUGAAAUUAAACAAAUGGGACUGGAAAAGCAGCCUGGAUGCAGUUGGAUUGAAGUUGAUAACAGUAUACAUAUAUUUGUUGCUGGUGAUUACUCACAUGAUCGGUCUGGGGAUAUCUAUGCUACCAUAGAAAGUUUAUCACUAGAAAUGAAAAGAGUGGGGCAUGUUCCUCACAUUCAAGCAGCAAGCAACAAGUACUGGGCUUGAUGAGUCAAAGGAUAGAAUUGUUUUGAUAAGAAGAAAGGAUUCUGUCUUCGGGGGUAACCUUGUAAGGAGAAACGAGAAAGAAAACUAUUUGAAUUAUGUUCAAUCAAUAGUUGUCAAUGCCAAGCUGCAUGGAUGGUAUUGGAAAGCAAGGUAGCUGGCAUUUAUCAAGUGACUGAUAUUUGAAAUGAUUUAUUGGAACCACGUAGAUGCCAACCGAUUAGUUUUUCCUCCCUGAAACUAAUCAGGAAAACUUAUCUGAGGUGAAUUGGGCAAUUUGAUGGUAAACAGAAGGUGAAAAGUUUAUUCCUGAAAUGCCAGUCGAGAGCUUUCCUUGAAAUCUUGAAUGCAAGUCAUGUAUAAUGCCUUCACUUGAAAUUUUGGAAAUUGAGCUGAAGUAUGUGAGCCUGGUGAGGCCGAGGAUGGCCUUGUUUUUCUGACAGGAAUGGUUUCUGUUUGUGGGUCUAACCUUGUAAGUGGCAAAACAAAAAGGAAAAUUCACUAGUUGAAAGUAAUGAGCCAAUGCUUAUUCAACGCCAGAUGUAUGGGGUGAUAUUGGAACGAAAGGAAGCAGGCAUUGAUUGAGUAAUUGAGAUUUGAGAUAAUUCUCA